AUGGCAGAAUUACCACCCAAGUCCCCAUUAUGGAUUCCGGCUCACCCGGAGUCGACGAACGUGGCAAAAUUCAUCAAAUACGUGAACGAAAAGCAUAGGUUGCAACUUGAGACAUACGAUGACCUAUGGAACUGGUCGGUGCAUCCACAGAAUAUAAGAGAAUUUUGGAGAGAUGCGUACAUAUUUUUAGGUAUCCCGCCUCGGUCACGAAAUGAGGCUCAAAUUGGACCAGCAUUUGAAAACGUGUUGCAGCAUGGAAAGCCACCGCCUAUGUUCCCUCCUCCUACAUUUUUUCCAUCGGAAAAGUUCAAUAUCGCCGAAUUCAUCCUCAGAGAUCACACAGACGAUCAAAUUGCCAUUUAUUUUGUUCGCGAAGGUAAACCAGGUAUCGAAAAUAUUACUUGGUCUUCCUUGAAAAAACAUACAGCAGAGGCAUACGAUGCAAUGAUCGGCAGUGGCGUCAAAGCUGGAGACAAAGUAGCUGUCGUCAUGUCAAAUUCUGUCAAUGCAAUUUUCUUAUCACUUGCAACACUAGCGAUAGGGGCCAUCUGGUCAUCUGCAUCCCCCGACCUUGGUACUAAAGCAAUCAUCGACCGAUACGAUCAGAUAAAGCCCAAGAUAAUCUUCACGGACGAUGCCUACGUAUACGCCGGAAAGAGAAUUUCCUUAGAAGACCGAAUAGAGUCGUGGUCGAGAUCAUUAACGGAGCAGAACGAUCAACUCCAAGACGUGGUUGUUCUCCCAUAUUGUGGAGUAUCGCUGAACAUAUCGAGAGUUAGCCGUGGCAUAACUUGGGAAGAAUUUAGGCGACGCGGCCGUGGAAGGAGGCUGUCAUUUUUGGAGCUACCGUUUAGUCAUCCAGCCUUUAUUCUCUUCUCAUCUGGCACGACUGGAACACCGAAAUGUAUAGUUCAUUCCGCAGGUGGUGUGGCCCUCAAAGUCAACACUGAUUCUCGUCUUCAACAUGACAUGAGACCUGAUGAUGUGUUCUUUCAGUAUACAACGACUUCCUGGGUUAUGUGGGUUCUCAAUUUUGUGAACCUCUCUACUGGGGCAACUAUGCUUCUCUAUGAUGGAUCUCCAUUUCAUCCAGAGCCAGAUACUCUACUUAGACUGGCAGAAGAACUUGGAGUUACUAUCUUUGGCACCUCACCAAGAUACCUAUCCGAAUUAGCAUCAAGAAACAUCAUCCCACGGGAUAAAUAUAAAAUUACCAAUUUACGAACAGUGACUUCAACUGGAUCUGUACUUUCAGAAGACCAAUACGAAUGGUUUUAUCGGCAUGGAUUUCCCCGAACAACUCAGCUCAUCUCAAUGAGUGGAGGGACUGAUAUCGCCGGGUGUUUCGUAGGAGGAUGUUCUAUUCUUCCCAUCUAUGCCGGAGAGAUCCAGACAAAGUGUCUCGGUAUGAGCAUUGAUAUCCUUGACGCCUCUAAAACGGAUCCGGUAUCAAUUGAAGCUUUGGGUGAACCAGGAGAGAUGGUUUGCAAACAGCCCUUUCCAAGCCAGCCUCUCCAGUUCUAUGGCCCCGGGGGCCAGGAGAAAUAUCUGUCGUCCUAUUUUUCGCGUUUCGGCGAUCAUAUUUGGUGUCAGGGAGACUUUAUAAAAGAGGUUCUCAAUACUAAAGGUCUUGUGUUACUGGGAAGAUCUGAUGGUGUCCUCAAUCCAUCUGGAGUACGGUUCGGUUCGUCAGAGAUCUAUGCUGUCACUGAAACUCUGAAGGAGAUAUCAGACGCGAUAUGUGUCGGACAGAGACGCUCAUUUGACAAUGACGAGAUUGUUUUAUUAUUUGUCAAGAUGAAACAGCCAUACAAGCUCACUGCUGAACUUACUGCAUCAUUAAAGGAUGCCAUUAAGGAACGGUAUUCGAUCCGACAUGUCCCCGCCUACGUUUUCGAAGUACCAGACAUUCCGUACACGAUAAAUGGGAAGAAGUGCGAGAUUAAUGUCAAGCAGAUCGUGAGUGGAAUGAAUACCAAAGUCAGUGGGACAGUAGCAAACCCACAAAGCCUGAAGUUGUAUGAAAAAUACUAUCAUCUUCCGCGGCGAGAAAAGGCAAAGUUAAAAUUGUAG